AGAAUGUCCCGUCCUGGUGCUUUUUGAGUCCAUCACCAGCAACAUGAAGAAAUACGCGAUCGUUGGAACCGGUGGCCGCGCCAUCUUCUUCUACAAGGCUCUGGUUACUGAGUUUAAGGCUACAGCCUCUCUGGUGGCCUUUUGUGAUACGAAUGCUACUCGCAUGAACUAUGCCAACUCUCGCCUAGAGUCAUUUGGCCAUGAGGCAAUUCCAACCUAUCAUGCAAGUGACUUUGAUCGCAUGGUCCGUGAGACUAAACCAGAUGAAGUUAUCGUGACGACAAUUGACCGUACUCAUAAUGAGUACAUUGUCCGCGCACUCGAAUUAGGCUGCAACGUCAUUACUGAAAAACCAAUGACUAUUGACGCUCCACGAUGUUGCCAGAUUCUCGAUGCUGUCGACCGUACGGGUGGUCGGGUACGUGUCACCUUCAACUACCGAUAUGCGCCUCACAAUACAAAAAUCUACGAAUUACUCUCCUCCGGCGCAAUCGGACAAGUCAACUCGGUGCACUUUGAAUGGAUGCUCAACACCUCACACGGAGCAGACUACUUCCGUCGCUGGCACCGCGACAAACGAAACAGUGGCGGCUUACUGGUCCACAAAUCGACGCAUCAUUUCGACCUUGUCAAUUUCUGGCUUCAGAGCCGUCCGGAGACAGUAGUUGCCAUGGGAGAUUUACGGUUCUACGGAAAGGAAAAUGCGGAGAAGAGAGGAGAAACCAAAUUUUACUCUCGCGCGCAUGGGAGUGAGAAUGCCCGUCAGGAUCCGUUUGCUUUGCAUCUUGACCAGAAUGAGCAGUUGAAGGCUAUGUAUCUCGAUGCGGAGAUGGAGGAUGGAUAUCACCGUGACCAGAGCGUGUUUGGAGAUGGGAUCAGCAUCGAAGAUACCAUGGGUGUGAUGGUGCGGUAUCGAUCUGGGGCUGUCUUGACCUACAGUCUCACUGCGUACGCACCGCGGGAGGGCUUCCGAGUAUGCUUUAAUGGCAGCAAGGGACGUCUUGAAGUCGAAGUUGUUGAACAGUCAUAUGUCAACUCUGGCGGGGAGCAGGCGAUGGAAGGCGCAUUGGAGAGUCGUUUGAUUCUCCUGCGGCCCAUGUUUGGAAAGCCGGUGGAGAUUCAAGUCCCACAUGGACCUGGAGGCCAUGGGGGAGGUGAUCCGCAGUUGUUGAAUGAUUUGUUUGGCGAUGCCGCAGAGGAUCAGCUGGGACGAGCAGCAUCUCAUAUCGACGGGGCCAUGUCAAUCCUAACGGGGAUUGCAGCUAAUAUUUCGAUGCAAAAGGGGAGGAUGGUCAAGGUGGAUGAUGUGUUGAAGGUAUAAAUUAUCUUUUUAAUGGAAUGGUUCGUUUCUGUGUUUUGUGCUCCCAAAAUACAUAACAAAUCUCAGCAUACAUAGCAAAGCUUCCGGCAAAAUGCAAACACUCAGCAAUUAAGUACAUGCGUCUUCUAUAUAUUCCUCCCAAUCCUCCUCGUCUACAAGAUCAUAUGCUGUGUGGCCAUUUUGAUCCCGGAUCUCUUGAUCUAUACCAUUCUUGAGAAGGAAUUUAACCAUCUUUGUACAAUAACGAAC